CCAGUCAUCAGGCGUGGUCCUCCUUCUUACAUGAUGUCAGUGAAUGCAUCAUAUUUGCUAACUUCCGGUUCUGAAACGCUGUUUCCGGUCGAACAUGGCGGCGACCUUGUGUGCUAAAUUUCUACCGAAACAGGGAUGGCUUCCCCUGACUCAGAGUAUCCGGCACGGCUCCAAGUCUGUGACCCGACACAGGAGACCCAUGCACAUCCUGAAGCAGAAGCUGCUCGCUGUCACUCAGUACAUUCCUCCUCCAAGGGCUGUUCCUCCAGGAGCUUACCCAUCCCAGACCAAACAAGUCAAGGAGGAUUCUCCUUUAAUGUUGAUCAUGAAGAGAGACUUGGAGAAGGUGUUCCAGGACUGUAAGAUGAUCGCUGUGGUCCAAAACAAUGCCAGCAAUGCAGAAGACAUGAUGAUGCUGAAGCACAGACUUCAUAAACAUGACAUCACUGUCAGGUUCUUCCCCUGUGAGGUGAUGCGGUCGUUCCUGAGUGACAGCCUUUACAGCAACAUGUCUCCUCUGAUCAUCGGCCCCACAGUCCUGUUCGUCAGUAAGGAGCCAAAGGUGAAGGAGAUGCUGAAGACUCUGAGAUCCAGCCCUCAGAUGACACUCCUGGGAGCCUGCAUAGAAAACACGCUGCUGAGUGUUCAGGGUUUGCAGAGCUACUCCAAACUCCCGUCGGUGACCGUCAUACAGGGCGAGCUGGUGAGCGGCCUCACGAUGAUGACGUCACGCACGUCCUCCAUGCUGCAGCAUCACCCGGCUCACCUCUCCGCCCUCCUGCAGCAGUACGUCAAACAGCAGGGCUCGGGUGCCGGCACAGAGGGAGCUCCCAAAGCUGAGGAGGCAACGUAGAGCUCCAGAGGAGAACACUGAGACUGUUUCUGUGAUUCCAGCUGCAGGAGACUCUGGAGGGCAGAAUUUACCUUUUAUGGAACAAAGUAACUGGUCAAUUCUGAAGAUUAGAAGAUGUUUGCAUGAAAAGACACUUACAGGUUUGAGUGGAGCUGGAAGGUUGGAGCUAAAAUCAACUAAAUGAUUCAGUUUGCAUCAUCCACUGAAGCACCGGGGCCUGGAGUCUGCAGAGUUAAGCUCAUCCAAACCAAUGCAGCCAAACAUCUGAACGUCCAACCCUUUCUUUAUUUAAGGAUGUAGUCAUGUGUUAAUAAACUAUGUCAACACAA